AAAAUCUCACUUCAGAUGGAGGCCAUCCGUAACUUCAUUACGAAUGGAGGCGCUGUAAUGGUGCUUCUUUCUGAGGGUGGAGAACAACAAACUGGCACCAACAUUAACUUUCUACUUGAAGAGUUCGGGAUCGUGGGCAACAGUGAUGCUGUCAUUCGAAGCAUUUUCUACAAGUACUUUGAUCCAAAGGAAGCUCUCAUUUCUAAUGGCGUUUUGAACAGAAGCAUAGCUGUAGCUGCAAAGAAAACUGUCACAAAUGAACAGCACGGUAACUCACAAACGAUAUCAUUCGUGUACCCAUUCGGCGCGUCACUCUCGGUCAAUCGUCUGGCCACUCCGGUGCUGUCCACAGGAAGUGCCUGCCUCCCUAUCGGACGACCAGUGGUCGCCUUCCACGAAAGCGAGGUUUCUCGAGGAAGACUAGCCGUAUGCGGAUCCGUGCACAUGUUUUGCGACCAGUACAUCGACAAGGAGGAGAAUAGCAAACUAUUUGAUGCCAUUAUGGAGUUCCUUCUUGAGGGAUAUGAGUUGAACAAAAUCGACGCGACUGAGCCGGAACUUUCUGACUACGUCCAAAUUCCCGACCACGUGCAGCUCUCCGAAGAACUGAAGGUGUGCAUGCAAGAAGCAGAUUUCGACGUCUCCGUAGCAGCGGACUUCAUGAAGUAUUUCGAUCAAUCCAUGACUUCUUUCGAUCUCAACGUCUGGCCGAAAGUUCUCAGGGCGUAUGAACAGCUUCAAGUGAAGACUGAACCACUGACGCUAAUCGUGCCUCAAUUUGAACUACCACUUCCACCCCUACUUCCAGCAGUCUAUCCACCGAGUUUUCGUGAACUACCACCUCCAAAGCUGGAACUCUUCGAUUUGGACGAAAUGUUCAGCAGCGAGGAAGUCCGUCUAGCUCAACUCACCAACAAAUGCGAAGAAACAGAUCUGGAGUUCUACAUCAAUGAGGCGGGCGAGAUCCUCGGUAUUGGGGCCGGUAUUCCACCAAGUGAACGCACUCCGAAGAGAAUCCUCGAACAUGCUUUGGCUCAAUUAUUUGAAUUCAAGAAAUUGGGACAGGUUAGAAGGAAAAACGACGGAGACGUUGCUGACGCGUUCAUGUACGACAACGUUGAAGAACAAGAAGAACAAUUCUCCGACAUCGGGGAUUACGAUGAUCUUUAG